ACCGCUUGACUCGGAUCUCAGAACGGCGCCGGAAUUCCCAUCAUAAAUGGAAACCUCGCGAUAUCUCCACUGUCCACGAAGGCUCUGUAACGUCACAAACACAAACAUCUGUGGAUGUGAUCGGUACCGGGCCAGCUUAGAGUCCGCCACACGUCCACAGACACCAGAACUAGGAACUGUCCGAACCCCGGGACCCGGAGCUGCUGCGGCCGCGUGAGGAUGUCUGCCGGGACCGGGAGCCGGAGCACGGAGCCAUGGGGAGGGUUCGACGACCAGCUCAUCCAGGGCGGCGGCGCGGCGGUCAUCGACAUGGAGAACAUGGACGACACAUCGGGCUCCAGUUUCGAGGACGUGGGCGAGCUGCACCAGAGGAUGAGGGAGGAACAGGAAGUGGCUGAGGAGGCGGCGGCCGCCGAUGCCGACGGUGCCGACGACUUCCUUGGUGUGAAGGGACUAAAAGGUCAGCUGGGUCGGCAGGUGGCGGACGAGGUGUGGCAGGCGGGGAAGCGGCAGGCGUCCAGAGCCUUCAACCUCUACGCCAACAUCGACAUCCUCAGGCCGUACUUCGACGUGGAGCCUGCCCAGGUGCGCAGCAGGCUGCUGGAGUCCAUGAUACCUGUCCGCAUGAUCACCUUCCCCCAGAAGGUGGCGGGGGAGCUGUACGGCCCGCUGAUGCUGGUCUUCACCCUGGUGGCCAUCUUGCUGCACGGCAUGAAGACUUCUGGGACCGUCAUCGUGGAGGGCACCCUGAUGGGGACGGCCAUCGGGACGUGCUUCGGCUACUGGCUCGGCGUUUCCUGCUUCGUCUUCUUCUUGGCCUACCUGGUCAACGCUCAGAUCACCUUGCUGCAGAUGCUCUCCCUGCUGGGUUACGGCCUGUUCGGGCACUGCGUGGUCCUCCUGGUCACCUACAACAUCCACUUCCACUUCCUGUUCUACGGCCUGUGGCUGCUGGUGGGAGGACUGUCCACGCUGCGCAUGGUGGCGGUGUUGCUCUCCCGGACGGUGGGCCAGACUCCGCGGCUGCUGCUCUGUGGUUCGCUGGCGCUGCUGCACAUGAGCUUCCUGCUGUACCUGCACUUCAGCUACCACCGCAUCCUGGAAGGUCUCCUGGACUCUCUGGAAGGACCCGACCCGGCUGCCAUGGAGAGGGUGGCCCGAGAUGUUCACCAGGUGACCCUGAACGCCACCGCCAGGAGCCUAGGGAAGGCCCAGUGAGGGCCCGGUAAGGGCCCAGUGAGGGCCCGGUGACGGCUGCUCUGCCUGGACCUUCUGGACCUGGUCUCCUUCAGCAGAACUUUCUCUCUGGUUCUGGUUCUCUGCUUCCUCUGGGUUUCUCUCUCCUUCUGCUCAUUUUCAGCAUCUUUAUUAUUGUUUAUUAAUGUUUAUUAUUGUUAUUAUCUUUGUUGUUGUUGUUUAUUACAGAUGUUGUGUUUGAGUCAGUUAGAAACUCUGGGAAAUCUCAGUGUCUCUGACCUUCACAGGAAACUGAAACCUGUCUGUGUUCAACAUGUUAAUAAAGAUCUGAGUCCCA